GAAGCGGCGGUUGGGCCGGGCCGGGCCGGGUCGGGCUCUUGCGCGCUGAGGCGAUUCGCCGCCCCCCCCCCCCCUCCUUCCCCCCCUCAGGCAUCCCUCGGCCGAGCCGGCGGCAGCAUGUCGGUGGCGGGGCUGAAGAAGCAGUUCUACAAAGCGAGCCAGCUGGUCAGUGAGAAGGUUGGAGGGGCUGAAGGGACCAAGCUUGACGAUGACUUCAAGGAAAUGGAAAAGAAAGUGGACCUGACCAGCAAGGCAGUUACAGAAGUAUUGACCAGAACAAUAGAGUACCUCCAGCCAAACCCAGCUUCCAGAGCCAAGCUGACCAUGCUGAACACGAUGUCGAAGAUCCGCGGGCAGGUGAAGAACCCCGGCUACCCGCAGUCCGAGGGGCUGCUGGGGGAGAGCAUGAUCCGCUACGGCAAGGAGCUGGGCGAGGACUCCAACUUCGGCGACGCGCUGCUGGACGCUGGCGAAUCCAUGAAGCGCUUGGCUGAGGUGAAGGACUCGCUGGAUAUUGAAGUCAAACAAAAUUUUAUUGAUCCCCUCCAGAACCUGUGUGACAAAGACCUGAAAGAGAUCCAGCACCACCUCAAGAAGUUGGAAGGCAGACGCUUGGACUUUGACUACAAGAAGAAACGACAGGGCAAAAUCCCUGAUGAGGAACUUCGACAGGCCAUGGAGAAGUUUGAAGAGUCCAAGGAAGUAGCAGAGACCAGUAUGCACAACCUCCUAGAAACUGAUAUUGAGCAGGUGAGCCAGCUCUCAGCCUUGGUGGAUGCCCAGCUGGACUACCACAGACAGGCAGUGCAGAUCCUGGACGAGCUGGCAGAGAAGCUCAAGCGCAGGAUGAGGGAGGCCUCCUCACGUCCCAAGAGGGAAUACAAGCCCAAGCCCCGGGAGACGUACGAUUUCGGGGAGACCGACCAAUCUAACGGGGGCUUCUUCUGCAAUCCCACCCCCAAAGCCCCAGCAGCUCCCCCCUCCUUCCGAUCCACCAAGCCGUCCCGGGCCUCCGUCAGGAGUAUCCCCCCCCUGGACCAGCCCUGCUGCAAAGCUCUUUACGACUUCGAACCCGAGAACGACGGCGAGUUGGGCUUCAAGGAAGGCGACAUCAUCACCCUGACCAACCAGAUCGACGAGAACUGGUACGAGGGGAUGAUCAACGGCCAGUCUGGCUUCUUCCCCCUCAACUACGUGGAAGUGCUGGUUCCACUACCUCAGUGAAGGCCUCGGCCCGAGCCUGCUCCAUUCCACCUCCCUCCCGCCGCGCUCGCUCGGCGGCUCCUCGGGGAACAAGCCAGAAGGGUCAGUUGCCCCCCCCAGCCCAACCCCCAUGAAUUUGGUUAUUUGCUUUGUUGGGUUUAUUUUUUUUGGUGGGUUUUUUGUUGCUGUUGUUGUUGUUGUUGGGUUUGUUUUUCCUCCCAUCCUUCUGGUGCUUGAACUGCGGUACUUUGCGCCCCGCCAGGCCCCUCCCGGCCCCGCGCUCGUCCCAGGCCUCUCCCCGUCCUCUUCGUGUCUUUCCUUUGGGUCAAGCAGCUGGAUGAGCCAGGCAGGAGAGCAGGGAUGUGCCCUUGGCACCAGAGAGACCUGUGGCUCAGUGCCAGGGGACAAAGCAGCCCCCCAGCCUCACCCAGGGGCAUCCCCUUCACCCCCUUGAACACUACCACAGCCUCCUUACAGCUCCUGGGGGGUCAGGGCAGGGAUGCUGUGGCACAGCAACACUACAACACCCAUCAAACACUAAGCCAGCCCCAGGGUGUGGGGGCCAAACCCUGCCUGGGGGGCUGAACCCUGCCCUGGGGGGCUGAACCCUGCCCUGGGGCCAAACCCUGCCUGGAGGACUGACCCUGCCUGGGGGACUGAGCUGUGCUUGGGGGACAAAACCCUUCCUAGGGGGCUGAGCCCUGCCUGGUGGGGCCAAGCCCUGCCUGGGGCUCUGUGCCAUCCCUCCCACACCCGAGGGACACAGCAGGGCUGUCCCCUGCCUGCUGCCACCCCUCAGCCCCCUCCCUGCAGUGCUCAGCUCCCAAGGGGGUGGCUGCUCCCUUCUGCCCUUUGAUUUUAGGAGGUUUUUAAGUUUCUGAGCCUUGGGUUUUUCCUUUUAGAAACUUCACUGAGUCCAUUAGAGCUGGGGGGGAACUGGGAGGGGGGGAAACUGGGUCACAGCCCUGGGGUCUGCCCACUGUGGCUCCUCUCUCUCGAAGGCUCUGAGCUUCCCUCUGCCCAGGAGGCUGUUGGCGUCUGGUGUGGCACAACCAGGGCUGGUGCCCAGGGGACUGACCCCCCUCUGCCCCACAGUGACUGUGGUGGGAGCAGCGUGCUCCUCUGCCCCUGGGUUUGGGGAAGAAAGGUAUUGGGUAGCUCAGCACCACUUCUGCCACCCCUCAGCCCCUUAUUACCACAGGGAUCAGGGGGGCAGGAGGAGAUCAUGGGGGUCAGAGUGAGAUAUGGGGUCAGGGUGUGAUCCAGGGGUCAGGACAGGGUCCAGGGUGGGAUUGUGGGGGUCAGAGUGAGAUAUGGGGUCAGGAUGGGAUCAUGGGGGCCAGGAUGGUGUCCAGGGGUCAGGAUGGGGCCCUGCAGCACUUGCCCCAUCUCUCUGUGCUUUUCCUUGCUUGACAAGUGGUUUCUUCCCCCUUUCCCAGCCCUCGGCCUUGCUCUGCCCCUCCAGCCCAGCUCCAGUUCCAUCCCUGCCUGGAGGGGGCUGAGCCCCAGCUCUGCACCAGGCCCACGUCAGGCUCAUCCCUGGCUCUGCUGCUCCCACCUUGACUCAGUUCCCAGCCACUGACCCACACAUGUCACCAUGCCCCCCAGGGGCAGCCCCCCUGUCCCCCAGCAGCUCCCUGGGACCCCCCUGUACCCUGCCUGGGGGAUCAGCCCAGGAACAUCAGCUCCCACUCAGGUGGGUUCAAGUGUGUUUGGCAGCUGGGACAACUUGCUACCCUUUACUCUUUUUUUAAUGCUUUCUCCUGGUUUUUAGGGGAAAGAAAAAAAAAUGACCCACAACUCUCAACUUAUAUCUCUGAAUGAAAGUAUUAAAUGUUUUCUUCUUUCUAA